UUUGGUGCAACAUGGCGCCUUCGGCUGUCAGAAUGCGACGGAGCAGCUCGUUCUGAACCGACGUUCUGUACGCCCGACAGCUCGUCACAGCAGGAUGCCCGUCGACAUUAAUCGGUUGACGGAGGGUUGGCUGGAGCUGGAGAGCGACCCGGGCUUGUUUACGUUGUUGCUGGAAGACUUCGGGGUGAAGGGCGUCCAGGUAGAGGAGAUCUACGAUUUGCAGAAGUCGCUGGAGGGCCCAGUGUAUGGCUUCAUCUUCCUGUUCCGUUGGAUCGAAGAGCGGCGAUCCAGACGGAAAGUCGUCGAGCAGGAUGAGAGCUUCGUCAAGGACGAGGAGAUAGUUAACAAUAUCUUCUUCGCGCAGCAGGUCGUUCCGAACAGUUGCGCCACCCAUGCGUUGCUCUCCGUCUUGCUGAAUUGCCCGAACAUCCACCUGGGCACGACUCUGUCUCGGCUGAAGAUGCACACUUCGGGCAUGUGCCCGGAGAACAAGGGUUGGGCGAUCGGUAAUACACCGGAAUUGGCUUGCGCGCACAAUUCGCACGCGAUGCCGCAAGCGAAGAGACGGCAGGACAAGAACACCGGCGUCUCGACCGGUAGAUUCACGGGCGAGGCCUUCCACUUCGUGAGCUACGUGCCGAUAAACGGCAGGCUCUUCGAGCUGGACGGCCUGAAGCCGUAUCCGAUGGAUCACGGCCCGUGGAAAGAGCACGAGGAGUGGACGGAGCAGUUCAGACGCGUGAUAACCGAUCGUUUGGGCAUGGCGACGGGCGAGCAGCUGCAGGACAUCCGGUUCAACCUGAUGGCCGUCGUGCCUGACCGGCGUCUCGCGAUCUCGCACAAGCUUACGAUGCUGAAGACCAACCGGCAGAUCGUCCUGGAGGCGUUGCAGCAGCUGGUGAAGUUGAGCCACCAAGACGGCAGCGCGGACAAGAGCUCGCACGACUCCGACAAGGAGAAGCAGUACGACAAGAGGAGCAAGACGGAGGAUGAGAACGGAGUAUCCGCCAAGACGGAAAUCGAAGAAUCGGCCACGACGAUCCCGACCAUCAACGUCGAGAGGAACAACGACUCGACGGUGGUUAUCGACGAGUCGGUCUCCAACAUUGCGUCUGGCAAGACUGAAUCCAACGGCAUGGAGAAGGUGGUGAUGUGCGCUUUGGAUUACGCGACGCCGCUGCGGAUUCAGACGUCGCCGGCCCACAGCUCCUCGAGCACGGACACGUCGUCGGAGAUCGGCUCGGCCUUCAACUCGCCCACUCAAGCUUGGGGCUGGAAUUCCGGUCAGAGCAGUCCCACGUCGACGAAGGACUUCAAGAAGUUCGUCGUUAUCAGGGUCGCCGGGGACGAGAAGAACGAGGCCGGUCUGAGCCGUUCCCUGGGAAAUAUCAAUAUAAAUGGGAAGAGAUUGGUGUCCGACAGCGGUCAUCUGCAUAAGAAGGUCUGCCUAUCGGGCGAGGUGAGGAUCCCUCACGCGCGAGUGAAGACCAGCAACGGCGAUACGGUGACGGAGGAGAAGAAGGUCGAGAAGAUCGACCCCAAGCUGUGCUCCAAGUAUCCGGAAUUGUUCGAGCCGCACACGUUCGCGCCGAAGGACCUCUUGGCGCUCUUGAAGAACCUCGAGCACGAGAUCAGCGUGUGCGAGACCAGUCUGAAGGAUGAGAACGACAAGCGGAACAAGUACAAGAUCGACGAUUGUCGGCGGACGCAUAAUUACGACGAGUUCAUCUGCACGUUUCUCUCGAUGCUCGCUCAGCAGGGGAAAUUGGCGGAACUGGUACAGCAACAUCUGACGUUGAAGAAACACACCUCCGUCUCGGUGAAUAGGGUUCACAGGUCCUCCAAGAAAUCCGACACCCGCCAGAACUCCUCGCGCAGAAGACGCGGUAGGACAAAAUGUAAAAAGCGGAAGUAAUCCCGGCACGCUUAAAACUCUUAAAAACUUAGAGGGAGAGUAUCAUUCCGUUUGUCGGAUUGUUUGCAACACCCAACAUCGGUAGUUUACAAGGAUCAUCACACCGCGCGAAGAGACCAUAUAAAUGUACCACCCCGCACAGUUUCCACGCGCAACGUUCCCUCAGCGUCGCCGUUUCCGUUCGAGCCGACGAACUCUCUCUCUCUCUCUCUCUCUCUUUCUCUCUCGUCGUUGACACACGCCCGUACUCCAGCUUCUUUCGUUUACUUUGCCAUAACGCGAAGGCGUUCCUUUCGAAUCCUCGGUCCAAUCUACGAUGAGCGCACGACAGAAAUUAUUUCUCACACUUGUACAAAUGAACUUUACGCGAUUAUAUACAUAUAUAUUUUUUUAUAUUCUUUGUAUUCUAUUUAAUUGUCCGAUCGAUGUGUCUGUUCGUCACGACGUCCCGCCCUACUUCUUUCUCGCGGGACGCCCUGCAUAUCUAUGUUUUCUUGCCCGAUGUCUAUUAUAUAUUUCUCGUGUGGGUGUGUGUGGAGAAUACACGGUUUAUCAAGAACAUCGAGCGUUGUGGUAACCACCAGCGUCACCGUUCGUUCUCCUUCCGUCUUCCUCGCCGCAGUGGCAGCGUGCGAAUCAUCCUCAAAUGGUAGGAGAGGAGGGGGAGGUGGAAGACACACAACACGACGGUUGUCAAAAACAUUGAAAAUAUUUAUUUCGGUAUUCAUAUACAAGUACACUACACGCGCUGUGGAUAUGUCCCUUAGUGUCUAAAUACUUACAUCUCCGAGCAGCAGCCGGAGAAAGGGGGGAACCGAAGCUUAAUAAGAUCGGAAUUAUACAUACAUACGAUUAUUGCGGACGACUUGGUUAUCGAUCGCCUGAGUCGCUUUUAUAUACCAGUAGUAGUGCACAUAGGAACUGUAUAGUCGAAAACGCGCGCGAGUCGUCUCUCUCGCGGAGGGGCUGGAUGGAGUGAGAGAGGGAGGAGGAAGGGAGGAGAGAAAGAUGGAGAGCGUACAACUCAGAUAGUUUGCGGGGGGAGGAGAGGCGGGGAGGGGGAAAAAUACGUCCGUUCCUUCUCCGGCCGAUCUUGCUUCGCGGUCCUCGUAACUGCUUUUUGGCAAAGGUGCGAUUUUAUAUGUACAAGAAUAUAUAAGGUAUAUAUAUAUAAUAUAUAUAUAUCGGGGCUCUCUCACGAUUGUCCGAAGCGAGCGAGGCAAAAAUGUGUGGGUACUCUCCCUCUCUCUCUCUCUCUCUCUCUCUUUCUCUCUCUCUGUGUCUUACGUGUGUGCAUAUGUGUAUAUGUGUGAAAGAAGAAAUCCGGGAUCACGCGAGACUGACUCGUCGUCGACUCGCUGAUUGGAAAUCGCGAAUUACUUCGGCAGAAGACGAUCUAUUUACACGUACACGGCACAGCGUCUUCGUUCCUCUCGCCGUCGACCGCCGAUGCGGCUCUUUCGCGCCACUUGGGUUCGCGGCGGAUGAUUCCGCGUCGUUACAGGCACUCUCGGUGUUUUACAGCGACGCGACUGCGAGAACGGUAUGUGUGUGUGUCUUACACUAUCACUACGUUCUUGUAUCCUUUACAGCGCGUGGAGCUCGACGAUGGUCUCUCUCGCUUAUUGCUACUGGCUGCAUUGUUCUUGAUGCGCACGUUCGUCAAUGACGAUUCAAGUCCCGUCGCGUCGCCUCGUCUUGCGGAUUCGUCUUACGUACAAAUAAGCUGUACAAAAUAUGGAACAUUUUCACGCUGAAAAACGAGUAACGUAGAAAAAGAAAGAGACACGAGGAAGAGAGAGAGAGAGAGAGAGAGAGAGAGAGAGA